GCACCGCCGGCUCUGACAAGACAAUAAUAACAGGGGAAGCUUUUUAAAACCAAUUUAGCAAAUGCAGAAAUGUAAUUUUAAUGAAGAAUCGAUAGCAGAAUGGUUCAUUUUUCCUGGGACUCCUUGUUGGAGCUGAGAGAGACUUUCAAUCAAUGGGGAGAUGGAAGAGGGAGGGGGAGAAAGAAAGAAAGAAAAAUAUUCGCUCGGUGAUGUCUUUAGCACGGGGAAUUUUUCUUAUUUUCCGUGUAGCUUUGUUUUAUUCGUUAUUUAUUCUCGGCCGAGGAGCCGGCACCGAAACGCGGCGGUGAAAGCGCAGCAGACGGGCGGGCGGCUCCGGCAGCACAAAGCGCCCCGGGCAGCCCAGGGUCGCUCGCACCGCACCCCGAGCGGGGGGCUGCAGGGCCCCGGGGGCUGCACGGCCCUGCCCCACCCUGCCAGUCCCCCAGCCCGACUCCGAGGAAGUUGCUCCCCGUCCCCUCGGCUCCCGUCCCCGCUGCCCCUCUCCAGGCACAUGUGUAUAGUAAUAAGACAACAAAUGAAUGCGCCGUCGCAACAAAGCCCCCCCGCAGGCAGCCGGCCGUGGGAGGGGGCAGGGACGGGGGAGCAGAGCCCCGCGUUGCCCCGCACGGCCCCGUGCCCCCGCCGCCGCACCGGGGCAGAUCUCGAAAGUCAGCGGGGGAAAGCAAGACACCCGAGCGGGGAGGAGAGAAGCGAAGAAAAGGCCGCGGCGGAUCCGCGCUCCGCAGCCGUCCGGGGGAGCCGGGCCAUUAGGCAGAGAGAGGAGCAUGGCUCAGAGCUCGGGGAGAGCAGCAGGGCACGGGGGUGUGAACCAGCUCGGGGGGGUGUUUGUGAACGGCAGGCCCUUACCUGACGUGGUGAGACAAAGGAUAGUGGAGCUGGCUCACCAGGGGGUGCGACCCUGUGACAUUUCCAGGCAGCUGCGGGUCAGCCACGGCUGUGUCAGCAAGAUCCUGGGCAGGUAUUACGAGACGGGGAGCAUCAAGCCCGGCGUGAUCGGCGGCUCCAAGCCCAAAGUAGCGACCCCCAAAGUAGUGGAUAAAAUCGCCGAGUACAAGAGACAAAACCCCACCAUGUUCGCUUGGGAGAUUCGGGACAGGCUACUGGCCGAGGGCAUAUGCGACAACGACACGGUUCCCAGCGUCUCCUCCAUAAACAGGAUUAUCAGAACCAAAGUUCAGCAACCUUUCCACCCAACACCAGACGGGAGCGGGACAGGUGUGGCUGCACCAGGACAUACUAUCGUGCCCAGCACAGCAUCCCCUCCCGUCUCCAGUGCCUCCAAUGAUCCAGUGGGCUCUUACUCCAUUAACGGGAUCCUGGGGAUUCCUCGGUCGAAUGGCGAGAAGAGGAAACGUGAUGAAGAUGUAUCCGAGGGCUCCGUUCCCAACGGAGACUCCCAGAGCAGCGUGGACAGUUUGCGGAAGCACCUUCGUGGCGACACUUUCACCCAGCAGCAGCUGGAAGCUUUAGAUCGAGUUUUUGAGCGUCCUUCUUACCCUGACGUCUUUCAAACAUCAGAGCACAUCAAAUCUGAGCAGGGUAAUGAGUACUCCCUCCCAGCUCUGACCCCUGGUCUCGAUGAAGUCAAAUCAAGUCUAUCCACCUCUGCUAACCCAGACCUGGGGACAAAUGUGUCAGGACCCCAGACGUACCCUGUGGUGACCGGAAACACUUCCCUCUGCAAGGGGGGCAAAGCCAGCAGGAGAGCACCACUGCCCUUCCUUCAUGGAAUGCAGAUUCCCUUAGCUGGAUUGAAAGCCCACUGCAACAGUGUGAUCUACAAAGAAGAGUGAGGCAAAAGUGAUGCCCAAGAAAAGGAAGCAAAAAAAAAUCACAUCAGCAACUUCUAACACUGACCGCAAUGGGAAUAUGUGAGCACUUCUCUUCCUGUGAGGAAGUGUAUGAGCUCCUCUGUGCCAUGGUUAGUCUGUAUAAACAGGAACAGGUAUAAUUUAAAAUCUUCGUCGCUCUCCAAACUAGCUACCAGGCUCUCUAUAGAAAAUGUUUCCUUUUCACUGGGAAAUACAUAAUGACAACAACUACUCACGUUCCGUCAGACAAAGGCACCAAACAAGCACAGGUUCCAUAGGUCUAACUUUCUGCCAGGCCUUCAUCUCUGGCAUGGGGUCAGAUUUCAUCACAUUACAUCAAUGUUUACAAUUCAUUUACGAUUUUCAACACGCAAAAAUCAUCCUAGUGACUGGAUGUAGGGCUACUUGAUGUCUAAAAGUCAUGCAAAAGUAGUCGUUAAACAGCACCUGAAAGUUUUAAGACAGUUGGGAUGCUAAGCACGGAUAAAUGGCUGGCUAGACACCUGCGUCCAAAGUUUUCUGAAAUGAUAAACCAGCUUUUGAGGACCUUAUCCUCCUGCAAGGUGAAAAGAUGAUAUUUCCUUCGUUUCAGCCUAGUGAGUGAACUGAAGAGAAUUUUGUUCUGUUCAAUAACCAGGUCAUUCAAAAGUAAGAAACAAACUAGGAUUUGAAAAAGCAGGAACAUUUGUUUUCCUCUGUCAGUGAGUGAAUUAAACUUGGUGUGAAAGGAUGAGAUCUAUUAGUUCUAAAAUCAGGUUCUAUAAUCACUUCAAUUUCCUCCAUAUAUAUACAUAUCUUUUCCUUCAUUUAAUAAGUCAUUUUUAAUACAAAACCUGCUUAGAAAGGCUUGGCUUUUUUUUGUUCCAAUAUAUUUGGGAAGUCAGGAAACUUACAGUCAUUUUAUACAAUUAGCACGAAUAAAUUGCAAAUACUGUUUUUAAUUGAAUUCUAAUUUCAAUUCAAAUACAACUUGACACAAAUCACACAGAAAAAAAAGUUAAUAAUCUAAUAAAAUAAUAAUAUGGCCUCAUCAUUCAUUAUUUUCCCAUAUAAUAAUAUGUAAAGACAAGUUACGUUGAACACCAUAAUUGCUUAAACAAAUGUGCACAGAUGCAAUUCACCUACUUGGCAAAAAAUGAAAUAACCAUGCUUACUGUAAAUUUUGUAUUUGUCUAAAUACUUAUCACCAUCCUAAAACUCGGCCUUUUAGAAAAGAGCCAAAUAGUGCAAAUAGUGCAAAACUGAUUAAUCCAGCUGGCUUUUUUCAAUAAUGAUUGAAACUGACCAUUAAACUCAGUUGUACUUUUAUUGUUACACUGAGAGGGGGUUCAUUCCUUGUUCAUAUGGUGAAAAUUUCCACUGCUCUGAUUUCCUUCAGCUCCCGACACCAGUGAGCAACAGCUCUGGUGAAGGCUUGAAUGAGCUGAUUCAGGAUUUCUCCAACGAACCAAGGGCCACGCACUGGCUUUGGUGAUGGUGAAUCUUCCAGAUGAAGACCAGCAGCCUGCUGCUCACUAUCAUGACUACAGCAGCCAAGCAGCCUGUUAGGCACAUCUCUGGCUGCCCCAGUGUCCCAAAAAUGGACCAUGAUAAUCACUCACAUGGCUGCUGCGUGAUUGUUACGAUCCCACCAUAAAGGACUAAUAAAUGAGACAUUUUCUGUGAGGAUGGAAAUGUGCCAAGUUAAGCACAUGGAAUUGCUGCAGAUGAGGGACAGAGAGGAUGAGGAACGGCACCGAGUUCCACAUUCUGCACUUCUGAAGUAAGUGCUUGCUUCUGCAAGGAGGCUGCAAGCCUCUACUUGAGUUGCGGAAGUGGCAAAAGUUCAUAGGGCCUCUAAAUCUCAUCAACUGUUUCCCAUAUCUAAAAAGAGAUAAUAUCUUCUCAUCAUGUUAAGGAAUUUGGAACGGCAAAAGGCGUUACUGCUGUUCCCUGAGACCAAAUGGCCGAGGGUGAUGGAUGAUCAGAUGAAUCCCUGGAACUGACAGAAAUAGCAGGGGAAAGCAGGAAUCACACAAACUAUUACCAUGCUUCCAACGGAAGCUUCGCUAACAAGAACUUUAUGAUGCUGAAGAAGGCAGCUCAUGGACCUGAAAGCACAGUGAGUUGAGGAACCCAGAAAUGGAUGGGACCGAAGGAAAUAAUGCCUUCCUUAAUUAGCAUAAGCGUUACAGCAAGCACAGUCAAUUGGCAAUCCCUGUCCAAUUUCCUUAGCAAGGGGUGGCAUUUAGGCUGCCACACGCUGUGACAAAAAGGGACUUUCUUUGUAGAGACGAGUUACACAGGCUUCCCAACAAUUCAGUUUCUGCCUUUUCUUUUGAGGCUAAAUGAAGGAACAAAUAAGUUUGGCUACGAUGAAAAUUUCUGGGAUGUAGAUAUUUGCUCAUUGACAGCAAAGACUUUGCUUUAUAUCUGAGUCAAGCAACAGCUGUCAGCAGAUGUUAAUAACUUUUGAUCUCCAUCAACUCUGUUGGAUUUAACCAGGCCAGCUGCUUGUACAAUUAAAAUUGCCCACUGCAGUCUUUCAGAGAAAUGGAGAGCUCAGGGCAACCUUUGGCCCUUCUUUGUAGGGGUAGGAUUACCCUGGACUCCCCAGAAAUAUCCACCCGACUUUCUGAUCAGCAGACUAUCCUUGUGAUGAAAGUUGGGGAGACACCUAUUGGUUGUAUGAACUGCAUGAAAAAAUAAUGUGCUCUGUUCUAAUUACAUUUCCCAGCAUAUAUUUCAAAAGCAUUUUGUUUAAGAUGUAACAUUUAAGUCCCUGCCUGCCAGGGAAUGUGAGCGUAUGCUUUACUUAUGGUGGGUGGACUGUAAUCUGUAAAUGCAACACCCGAAUGGGCUGGGACCCAAGAAAGGGGACAGCAGGAUGAACUCACUGAACUUGUGUGUGCCAAACGUACAGGCACAGCUUUUUCCUUCUGACUUUGAAGUGCAUCUUCCUCUAUCAGUUCCCUCUGCAAACAAAUGUAGUUAGAGCCACGGAAAGUUGACUUCAGUGGAGUUAACAUUAACAUUAACAAUAUUCAACCAGUUUCAAAGAUUAAGUCCAGGUCAUAGGCAGCUCCAAGUUUAGCUAGGUAUGACGGCUAUGAAAGGUCAGUUUCUCUCUGAAGAAACAGACAGAGGCAGCAUGUCAGAUUACGUGGAGAGCAGCAAUUAAUUAGAUCAGAUGAAAAAUACAGAUUUGUAGAAUUCAGUUUGGUAAAAAAUGGGAUUUAGUGGAUUUAAAAAUUUGACAUCAUGGUAUCAACAGUUUUUACUUUCUUGGAAAGCAAUCCAAGAGUAAUUCUUUCAAUCCUUUUUUUUAUUAUUAUUACUUUUCUUUAAGCAUAUAUUUAAUCAAUCCACAAGUUAAGUAUUGGGCUAGGAAUCUGGAUGGAUCUUGCAGAAACUAAAUAAAACCUGGACGUGAAAAAUUUAUUCUCCAGUCAGCACGAGUUUAAAAAAGAAGGCAAGAAACGUACAAUGAGAAGUAGGUUAGUUUUUACAUACUUUCUAGGUGCUCUAGCAAAGGUCUGUUACUAAUACAGAGAAAGAAAAAAAAAGACGAUUUUUAUCUUCAGUGCCACCUGCAUAAUGCUCCUGCAAAAUAAAGCCAGGAAAAGUGGUUCUUCUGACAUGGCAGAAAGCAAAAGUCAAGACAGGCUGUGUUAGUCCGGUCUGGUCUUCUGCAUGACUUUUCUGAGGCAAGAUUCUCACGAGAUGAAGCAAUGCAACUCCACAGACUGUAGUAUAAAAGCACAGUUUAUGAACACUGAGAACCCUCUCCAUUCUGCUUGUCACACUGAAACCUUUCUAAGGAAUUUAUCAGCACGGAGGAAAUGUAAAUAUGGAAAACUUCAGUGGUGGGUACAAGCAAAGGGACCCAAACCACCUGAGAUAAGCUUCAGCUUUGACACAGGCUUCCUGCAUGACCUUGUGUACAUCUUCUCUGUGCUGAGUUCCUCGCAGACUAAGCUGAUCCCUAGGGGAUGCUGUAAGGAUACGUGCUCCAGAGAGUAUGAGGCACUGAGAUCAUGAAAAUAUUUUAGAAAGACAGCAGGAAAAGGUGAAGGACUCCAAACACUAACAAGACCGUGUGCGGUGUUGUCAGGUGGGAGCACACAAGUCAACUCUUCCGUAGGGAUGUGCCAUCCUGAUAUUCUUCCUUUACUGCAAAGAAAAGGAGCACUAAAGGCAGCUAGAUUAUCUUCCAGGAAACCAGCAGUGAAAAGCGAGCCGCUUAUCCAGUCCUGUGACCCCCCUGCUUCUUUCCCUUCAGCAGCAGAGAGCACGAUAAAAGCUGAGAUGAGUCUCUGUAGGAACCCAAAGCUGUGAAUCUUCCUCUCACCCUGUCUGGCCAAAAUCCCUUCAUUCGCAGGGGGAAUUUAGGCCAGAGAUCACCGGUUCUAGCUCUCCGCCAGAAUAACAGAGGAGAGGGUUAGAAAGGAAGAAAAACAGCCAUAACUCAGCAAGUACAGUCAGAAAGAAAGGAGCUGGAGAUGCAGAAAAUAUGUAGUCCUCCGCUAUGUUUCCAGCUAUAUCCACACCCUGCUGACCCUUCCAAAUUUCCCCCACCCCAUUGGGUGAUAUUUGUUUGCUCAGAAAGAAGGCUAUUGUGUACCUUUUAGAAGAAAGGAGUCUGGAAGAUGAACAGAUUUCUGCUCCCCUGGAGAAGGGCUGUACCUCAUCCCAUCCCCCAGCCAUUUGCAGGUCCAUUUCCAUACUAGUAAGACACUGUUAGAUACCCUGGGAUCCCAAGUACCAUCUCACCAAGGGACCCCCAUGAGACUCAGAAGUGCCAGGAGAGCUGGCUUGCGGGCCCUAGCAGGACCUGGGACAGGAAAGGCCAAGUACAAAACUUCUUUCCCUGUCCUCCUCCCAUAUACAAAAAGAAUUAUUAGAGACUGGAGAAAAUCAGAAAUAAAAACAAAAUCGGUGCAGCUGAAGUUGAGAUGGUUAAAAUGAAAAAUGGGACUGUGUCACUCACUAUCAGGUGGAUAGAUAGAUCAAUCAAUUGAUGUCAUCGGUACUGACACAGUUUGAAGCUAUAACUCACUGCUGGGGCAAUUAUUCCAGCACAGCAGGGGUGGGGUUAUAUCAGAGACAGAAUCCAGGUGCUUUCAGUCAGUGAAGAGUUGGACACCAGAAGGGUAGAAUUCAUAAGUGCUUUCUACCAGUAACACUGCAUGGGAUAUAAACAAUGUCCACACAGUUGCAGAGUGGAAACUGAAAGACAGACAUACAAAUAGACAUGUAAAAGUCUGAGGUGUGGUUGUGCAAACAUUUGCUGUCUCACCUUGCCCUCCUCUACUCUCUGCUUUCCUUAGAGAGCAGUGCUCAGCAGCACUAUGUCCCAGUUCUCUUUGCCAUCUCGCUCUUGACUUCUUUAUCCCCCUGCACUAAGUGGUGCUGCGUCUGCAAGGUGUGAGGAAUUUUUCUUCAUAAGCCUUGAUGUGCUCAAGAGAAGGCUGGGCUCAUCUCUGCAGUGAGCCUGACAGGGGCUUUAAUAGCCUCAGAGCACCGGGACAAAUAGCUUCUGGUCCCUUAACCCUGCACAGCUUUGCAAGGCAAGGCCUGGCACUGUUGUUCCCAUCGUGAGGGCUUUAGGCAGCCUUUCAGGCUGAAAUCCUCUCUGUGGUGGCUGGGCAGAGCGGAAAUCCAGGGGCUGGAUCAGAUUGUCCUAAUGCUACAGCAGCUUAAGCGGUCUGUUUUACCAGAGAUUAUGGUUUCACUUACACAGAGCGCCUGAAAAAUGCCACGGUUUAGGAAGGAUUAUAGCUGAAAGUUCCAUGCUUUAAAAGAGAAAUAAAGCAGGGGAGGGACUAGGAAACCCAACGUGCCCAGGGGCUCUGCAAACAGGAUUAACCUCUGCCCACAGCACCUCUUGCUUCUGCCCACCCACAUUUCCCGCGUCCAUCUUCUCCCCAACAGCUCCCUACACUUGACGUCUCCUGCACAGCGCAGAGAGCAGCAAGGAGACUGGAGGAUGCUCAGAACCGAGGUCUCCUCCGUUUAUUUUGCUAGAUCUGUACACUCUCUUGCCAUCUGACAGGAGAGCCAGAAGAGAAACAGCUUUGGGGGUUCUCCAUCUACUGACUGGGCACUGGCUUACAAAGACUCACUUGCAGGACUGUAGGACAGUAUCCAGUAGUAAAAAGCAGUGCUUGGAAGCUGAUGUGCUGCUCACUCUGGUUACACUAAUUAACUGCGUAAUAAUCACCAUAGACUCCAGCUUCUGUUCAUCACAUCCCUAAGAAAAGUUCCUUGCCCAACAGAACUUCCAAUGGCAAAAAGGGAGAAGAAACAACAAUCCCCACUGAGCAUACCAGAGGCUUCCAAUACAUAAUCUAAACAAAUGGGAACUGCAUAUCUUUUGGCCAUAACUGACCCUUACUAGUCAAAUGAACCAUGACCAUAUGUCUUUGCUGCAAAGGAGUCUCACAGCUCAUGGAUCCUUGCCGGCCAUCUAGGUUAGAGGCACUUGGAGGAGAACACAGAUGGAAAAUUAUCAUUUUUGCUAGGUAACAAACCUUUGGAAACAAACGCCUCAGGAUAAACAGUAUUCACAGACAGAAACUGCCCAGCCCUUAAUUGUUUAGGUGAGCGCUGCAGCCUCACAAUAACGUGCCUAGAGUCAGUUAAAGUCAGUUCUACUUUAAUGAGGCCAGAUUUAUCAUCUAAUUAUAUGUCUCGUUUGUAUCUCUGUAUAAAUCCAAACCACCACAACUAACUUACAUACCAUUAGCAACACUUGCCAUUAUGGCAGAGAGAUGGCUUUUAUUAAUUGGCUUUGGGUGGUUGGUUUGAGAGAUGAUUUGGACCAUGUGCGAGCAUGUCAUCCAUGCUUCUCUUUCAGGUGUUUAAGUACAGGACUCCACUGCUGCUGACCCAACAGUGCAGCACCAUGCUUUAGGUCACAGAGUUCUACAGUUCCCAGACCUGCUUCUGGGAGCUCAGUUAGGAGCAACUUAGAGCUGUAUCUGUUGUGCUUGUGCAAAUCUGCACAUCAGAAAUGGAGGUCCAGUGCAAACAGCAGUGAAAAUGAGACCUUGUAUAAGUUUCCCACAUUUUCUCUCCUCAAUUCUAUCUGUUCAUCAGCCUAUCUGUCUAGAAACACUGUGCUCUAGGAACUACCAGAGGCAGUACUGAGUGCACGCCACUGUAAAAAAGAUCAGUUGAUUAUUUAUCUAUUUAUUUACCUAUUUAAUGGCACAGCUCAGUUUUUCAUUUUAACCACUGCAAACUUCAGCUGCACCUCUUUUGUCAAAGCUUUUAAGGAGCUUGACUUGACAAGCUUUGGCCAUUACAUCGAGCAUCCUCUUUAACAGAUGCUCAUAACCAUGCCGCUCUCCUGGGGAAGAUAACCUUGGGUUUGAAGAGACAAAGGGGUAUAAUUCCCUGGGCCAAACUGUGUGAGCAUAGCAUCGUCAUGUGAGCAAGAGAAAGCAGCAGGAAAGGGAGCAUAGAAGCUUCAGAGCAUUCUUCUCCUUCCCAACCCUAUGCUUCUUCCUGUCCUCCCUCUCCCGCAUGUUCACUCCCACACUCCCCUGCAUCCCAUUCCUCCCAUCUGCCACCGCACUCCAUUUUCUCGUACCCUGCUGCCCUGCAGAGGCAUCACUGCAGUCAGAGCCUAGCCCCCGGGUGCAUUUACUGCUGUUGUCUCAGCACUGGCUCCUCUGAUCUACUCCUAACCUUUUUUAUUUUUAUUUUUGUUUUUAAAUUAGUUUCCCUGUAGAUUUUAACCACUUCAUUUUCAUUUACCCAUUUUGUUCUUCCUCUCCUCCCUUCCCACCCUCCUCUUCCUCCCCCUGUUCCCUUUGUCUGUCUGUGUCCAUCCC